UGGUACUGGUCGUACUGGUACAUUCAUUGCUAUUAUGGUUGAGAUGGCUCGCAUCAAGUCAGAGAAAUUGGUUGAUAUCUUUAAUAAUGUGCAGUACAUGAGGAAGUGUCGUCCUAUGAUGGUUAUGAAUGAAAUUGAGUAUGUUUUCAUUCAUGAUGCUCUUGUUGAGGCUUUGAAACUUGGAAAGAUUGAGGGAGUUGCUGUUGCCAGGCCCAAGUCUCUUGAAGAGGCAAGCAGUGAAGGAAACUCUGAAGGAUCUUCUGAUAAAAAGAAUCCUGCUGAUGAGGAGACAGAGCUGUAGGAAGAACUGCUAUGAUAUUUACAGCUCGCAUUAUUAUUUUUAUUGCUGAUUUUGUCUUGUUUUUUAUAUUAGUUAGACUAAAUUUGUAUCAGUUUGAUUUAAAUAUCUGAUCUGCAUAUAAAGUCAUUAA